AUGGCAACCCAAAAUCUUCCCUUGGCCGGUGUCAGAGUCCUCGAGGUAAGCUACCCCUGGCAAGCCCCGGGUUACAGAGAGCAAGCGCCCGGGAUCACCCCACAUGCCCCGCGUUUCGGCCGCGCUCAUUCACGCGUCCCGGCGUCUCGGCCUUCCUCACUUGCGCAGCUCGCUGGACUUGCACCUGGCCCCUAUGCUGGCAGUGAGUUUGGAUGCCACAGCUCACAUCCUAGAACGCUGCUAAGCUUUUCUACUGCUUCGACAGUGGUUUUGUCCGACUUUGGUGCCGACGUCGUUCGAGUCGAUCGAGCGGGCACCACAUUUAGCACCGAUGUUCUGUCCAGGUCAGAAUUUCCUCGCCUGCACGUAUGCGGUGCCCAGCUUUCGGCACGAUAAGCCUAAAAUUUGCCUCUCGGAUCUGGUCCAACAGGUACAAACGAUCCAUCUCGGUAUCGCUCAAGUCACCCUCAGGACUAGCAUUGCUGCGCACCUUGCUCUCGGCUCCUUCGGUUCGAGGGUGCUCAAACAUCAAUUGCAAAUGCUCCCAAGCCAAGCAAGCAAACUGCAUGAACAACAUCAACCAAGGCGUAUGGCGCGCCGAUGUCCUCAUCGAUCCCUUUCGACCUGGGGUGCUCGAGCGACUCGGGCUCGGACCCGAUGUCUUGCUCGCCGCCAAUCCGGGGUUGAUCAUUGCCCGCUUAACUGGAUUCCGACGCGAAGGACCCUACGGCAAGAUGGCGGGUCACGACAUCAACUACGUCGCUCUGAGUGGUGUUCUCUGUGAGUGGCUCGUUGCAUACCACCCCGCUGAGAAUUUUCGGACCACCGAGUGCUGACGAUGCUCUCGGGAUCACUUGGUGGGAAUGUAGCUCUCCUCGGUCGCAAGAACGAUAAGCCCUACUUCCCAGCCAACUUGCUCGCCGAUUUCGCCGGAGGAGGUAUCAUGGCCGUGAUCGGGAUCCUCAUAGCCCUCCUCUCGCGCCAAAAGACGGGGCGAGGUCAAGUUGUCGAAAUCGACAUGGUUACCGGCACGCGCUACAUCUCGUCCUUUCCUUUGAUGAUGUCACGUCCUUCUUUGGGGUUCCCUAUUUGGGAUCAGCCGAGGGGUGAGAAUUUGCUCGAUGGAGGAGCGCCGUGGUAUGACGUUUUUGAAACUUCGGACAAGGGCUACAUGUCCGUCGGCGCGCUCGAGAAUCACUUUUAUACCAUCUUCAUCAACAAGAUGCUCGAGAAUGCGAAGAAAGAACAUGUUCCGAAUCCGGCACCGAGUCCAAAUACCCAAAUGGAUCGAUCGACAUGGCCUGAUUUAGAGAGGUUCUUAACGGCGACGUUCAAGACCAAAACACGCGACGAAUGGACCAAGAUCUUCUUGGGUACCGACGCCUGCUGCGUCCCCGUACUGAACAGACAGGAAGUCGAUCAAGACGGUGUGGGUAAAGAUGAGCCGGGGACACGUCUGACGACGCAGCAAUUUGAGAACGGUGAUGGAGGAGUGCCCGGUCCAGCGCCCAAGCUCGUCUCGACGCCAGCGCGAGGUCCUGGGGACAGCACCUCUUUCUUUUUGACACCGGGCAAGGACACGCGAAGGGUGCUCAAAGAAGCCGGAUUCGAGAAGGAGACGAACAAGCUGAUCGAAGAGGGCGCGGUAGAGAUUAGCGAAGAUGACGAUGACGAGGGCGACGUCAAAGCAAAGCUCUAG